AUGGGCCCAGGAUUUUGGAAUAACCGGCCCAAGAUGCGUCGUGAGCGAAGAACGGCGAUCGGCGCUGUCACCUUAUUCUUGGCCACCGCGUGGCCAUCCGCCCAUGCCCAGCAAUGGAACUGGGAUGGACUUGGGCUCUGUAGCGAGGUCGCGAUAACUGAGAGCCUUCGAUACCAGACCUGCCAUAAGUUGGAACCCCUCGACGUAUUCGCAAUGCGCUCGGCCAUCCUCGCCGCCGUAGGCCUGUCCUCUACGGCCGCGGCACUUGUCAGCCGCGACGGCAAGACCGGCCGUCUUCCCGCGCUGGGGUGGAAUUCGUGGAACGAGUACGGGUGCGACAUCAACGAGACGGUGUUCCUCACUGUCGCGCAGCACAUUGUGGACUUGGGGCUGAAGGAUCUGGGGUACGAGUACGUCAACAUUGACGACUGCUGGAGCGACAAGAAGCUGCGGAGGGAUAACGUCACCAAGGAGAUCGUUGUCGACAAGGUGAAGUUUCCGCAGGGGAUCAAGCAUACGGUGGAUAAGAUCCACGAGUUGGGGUUGAAGGUUGGGAUCUACAGUGAUGCGGGAACUUCUACUUGCGGUGGUUUCGAGGGAUCGCUAGGCUACGAAGAAAUCGACGCCGCCACGUUUGCGAAAUGGGGUAUCGACUACCUAAAGUACGACAACUGCAACGUCCCGAAAGAAUGGUUCGACGACUGGAAAUACGUCCCCGAACUCUGGCUCGGCGGACCCCCCAACGAAAACCAAGACAACGGCGACCCCGUCAACUCCAAGACGGGUCUCCCGGCCCCCGCAGGCUACGACUGGUCGACCUCCUUGACAGCAGAACGCUAUCGCAUCAUGCGCGACGCCCUCCUAGCCCAGGAAAGGACGAUCCAGUACUCCCUCUGCGCCUGGGGCCACGCCCACGUCGAGGCCUGGGGUAACGAGACGGGCCACAGCUGGCGCAUGUGGGGCGACAUUUACCCAGAGUGGUACGGCCAGCACCAGUGGUCCUGGGGCCUCAUGCCGAUUUUGAAUCACGCUGCCUUCUGGAGCGGUCCCGACGUGAACGGGUUCUGGGGCCACGGGGACUGGGACAUGCUCGAGGUCGGCAACGGGAACCUGACGCUGCAGGAGAGCAGGAGCCAUUUCGCGUUUUGGGCCGCGCUGAAGAGUCCGUUGAUCAUCGGGACAAAGUUGGAGGGCAUUCAGCCCGAGAUUUUGCAAAUCUUGUCCACGAAGGAGCUGGUGAAAUUCAAUCAGGAUCCGGAGUUCGGGGCCGCGGCGCAGCCGUAUAAGUGGGGGCUGAACCCGGACGGAGCGUGGAACAUUACGCACCCUGCCGAAUUCUGGUCCGGGGCUUCAGUGGAGGGGACACACGUGUUUGUGCUCAACACGCUGAGCGGCACCGAGAAAAAGACGGUCGCGUUCAAGGAUGUUCCUGGGCUGGAGGCCGGGAAGAAGUAUGUUGUGCACGACAUGUGGACUGGCAAGGAUCUCGGCGUGUUUGAGGACGAGUACAUCGUGGAACUGCAGAGUCACGAUACGGCUGCUUUGAGGAUCAACGAGGUCAAGUGCGUGAAGAGGGCGGCACGGGGAUGA